CAAAAGUCGAGUCCGUUCUACGCGUUGGUUGCCCGCCCGCCGUCCGCUCGUCCCGUGCUCCGUCUGCAACAGCCACUGCCGCCUCGUCCACAUGCAUUGGAGUGUCGGGCCCCGGCAUACCGCCUCGAGCCAUGUCGGCGAGCAGUGCAGCGGCUCGCGGCGGUGACGGAGCGCCGGGCGGAGAGACUGGGGAUGUGUUGGAGGAAGGACUCAAGAGUCACUCUGUCUCUGUUUCCAGUCUGGUGACGCCCAACUCAGCUGCUGGCAUGGAGCUGACCAGGAAACGAAAGGGUAGCACAGACAAGGAAAUGAAAUCAGCAUCAGUGCUGGAUGAGGGUAUGGAGGGUGAAGAAGAAAGGCCAGAAGGUGAAGACCCGCAUGUGAAAAUUAAGUGUUUCAGGGAGCCUCACAGCCAGAUUGAGAAAAGGCGGCGGGACAAAAUGAACAACCUGAUUGACGAGCUGUCAGCCAUGAUCCCCACAUGCAGCCCCGUGUCCCGCAAACUCGACAAGCUCACUGUACUGCGCAUGGCCGUACAGCACCUUAAAUCACUCAGAGUUUUCCUAACGACACGUUCCCCUGUUUUGCCAGGUGCAACCAGCACCUUUGCAGAAGCCAGUUACAAGCCUUCAUUCCUUCCAGAUGAUGAACUGAAGCACCUCGUCCUCAGGGCUGCAGAUGGAUUCCUCUUUGUGGUUGGCUGUGACCGAGGGAAAAUAGUGUUUGUUUCAGAAUCUGUUUCCAAGAUCCUGAACUACACUCGGCCAGAGCUGAUCGGUCAGAGUUUGUUUGACUACAUUCACCCCAAGGACAUCGGAAAAGUGAAGGAGCAGCUCUCAGCCUCUGAACUGUUUCCACGGGAACGCCUUAUAGAUGCCAAAACGGGACUCCAGGUGCAGGCAGACGUUCCUCUCCGAGCCGCCCGUCUCUGUCCGGGAGCUCGACGUUCUUUUUUCUGUAGAAUGAAGUACAAGAAAGUGAGCGUGAAGGAGGAACAGGACAUGACGCGUGCAGCCUCGUCCUCCAAAAAGAAGGAGGCGCAGUGCUACUGCACGGUGCACUGCACAGGCUACAUGCGCACGUGGCCCACCAGUCAGCUGGGUGCCGAGGGGGAAGCAGAAGGCGAGGAUUGCUCCCGCUUCAGCUGCCUGGUCGCCGUGGGCCAAGUGCACCCCUACACUGCCCCUCAGGCCAACGGCGACGUCAGGGUCAAGCCCACGGAGUUCAUCACCCGCUGCGCCCUGGAUGGCAAAUUCACCUUUGUGGAUCAACGAGCAACCACUAUUCUUGGCUACCUGCCUCAAGAGCUGUUGGGCACGUCCUGCUAUGAAUAUUUCCAUCAAGACGACUUGCCUCAUUUGGCAGACAGACACCGAAGAGUGCUGAGAAGUAAAGAGAAAAUUGAGACAAACUGCUACAAGUUCAAAACGAAAUUUGGCUUUUUUGUCACGUUGCAAAGUCAAUGGUUUAGUUUUAUAAAUCCCUGGACCAAAGACGUCGAGUGCAUCGUGUCAACAAACACAGUCAAACCUGGGAAGAGCAAUCCAGAUGGAUCAGAUAGUUCAGAACAGCCCACUGAUUCCAAGACAUCAGAUGACGAUGCUAAGAAGUCCCCGCCCAUCGUCCCAGGUAUCUCCAGUGCCUCCGGCACCAUGAUAUACGCUGGGAGCAUUGGGACCCAAAUCGCCAAUGAGCUGCUGGACUUCAGCAGGAUGAACUCCUCCCCUUCCAGUGACAAUGCCAGCCCCUUCAGUCUGCUUCAGGACGAGUCUCCGCUGGCUCUUGCGCAAGGCAGCAGUGCGGUGAACGGGGAAGGGUCAGACGUGGACACGGCAGGUAAAUCGGGUCCAGAGGACGUGGCACAAGGUGAACCCUUCGCACACAGUGAGACCGUACUGGAGGGAAGUUCCCAGCUGGACCUGGACGCCGUCCCGGGGCUGGCAAGCCUAAGCAGCGACGAGGCAGCCAUGGCCGUCAUAAUGAGCCUGCUGGAGACAGAUGCCAACCUGGGCGAGGCCGUGGCCUUGGACGACAUGCGCUGGCCUCUGUGACCGCCACGCGUCCAGCCCAUGUUUCUCUUCUUCCCCUUUUGAUCGACCUUUUAUCUCGUUAUGGUCUUUUACAACAACAAACCCCACGUCACAGAAACAAAUCGCCCCGAUUCUCCUGAUCGGAAAUAUUUCUAAUUUGUUUGUGGUUUUUUUUUCCUCCUGGAAAGACAGAUGACAACCUCCCUGUCUUCAAUGAAAGAAAAUUGGAUCUCCAAAAUAUUAAAGGGCACCCAGUCUCUCUCUCUCUCUCUCUCUCUCUCUCUCUCUUCGUUUCUUUCUGGUCCUCGGUUCCACUUCCAGGACGAUGGACAGCAGACAGGCAGCUGAGGGCCUUGUACAACAGAGCCAGAUUUUUAAUUUUUUUUGGUCUGCUGUGAAUUUCACUUCAACUCUUGAGGUCUCACCAGUGGACACUUCUUGACAUCCUUCUCCUCUGCUGAGGAAAAAAGAGCUUUUAAAGCAAGUACCCAUAAAGGACUUUUUUAAAGACUUAAAAGAUUUUUUUAAAGUACUUAGGAGGUCUACACUUGAACUCUGAAUUAAUCUUUUCCAGACAAAACUCUACUGGAAAACUGGAUGCUGAUGUCUUUAAGGAUUGUGAAGGGAAACCCUUUCAUCUGUUUGGCUCCAGCUUUUUGUAAUGAAGCAGAGAUACAGGACGCUGUCCCCGGCUGGGAUGAUCAGAUGACCGGCAGGACUACACCGAGAGAUCUGAACCUGCACAGGGGCCUGAACCCCCCCCAAGUCUUUGGUCUCGGAGCCAGUGUGAACACGUUUCUUUUCACCUUCAUUAGCCCUUCCAGGUCUCCACGGUGCAGGGAAUGAAUGCGCUAUCCAGAUGAUCAGUAGGUGCUUCGGUCAGACCCGGGUCAGACCUGAGCCUCUGUCAGAUGUAGGGCGGCCCAAGAGCAGCAGAGAGAACUAAAACCGCCAAUCAAAUAAAUGCAGAACUCUCAGGGAGCAACUCCACGCCAUCCUGUUCAAAUCUUCCCUAUUACAUGUGGGUCUCUGUUGGUGCCCCAAGGUGGUCUGAAGGUGUUGCACACCGCUCAUUCUGCACUCAUGUUCUGUACAUAACUGUGUUCACAAGAUUGUAUUUGUCUUAAAAAACAUUUGUCGCGAAAACUCAAUAGGAAGUGGGGGUUGGGUGAGGAGUAGGCAAAUGUCUCAAAAUACACUUCAAAUAAAUGUUCAUUACCCAGCACUCUUCAGUAGAUGAAAGUGCAUUAAAACACCCACAUGGUGGAGUUUGACCUCUGACCCUUAGUGCUAGUCUGUCAUUUACUCAGUUUUGAGUGAUUGGCUCUUAGUAGGAUAUUCAGAAAGUGAGUGUGUCAUGAAUGUGCUCAGAGAAGUAGGGUUAAGGUUAGGCAUGCACAGUUGGGGAGAACUCUGGUCGGCCCUAUGUGGAUUAACCCAUGGACUACAUGCCAUAUCUGACUAGCAAAUUAAUCACUUUAAUUAGCCAACAGAUUUGCAGUUGACUCUGGUUUGAUUGAAACAUGGAAAGAAGAAUUUUUUUUUUUUAAAUAUUAACAAAUAUGCUUUCAUCUCCCCACUUAAAUAUUUUGUCAUUAAAAAGCAGCAUCGCAAAGCUAUAACGUUGUUUUUGUAAAGUGUUAAGAGUCUGAUGGUAUCUCAUGAUGGCAUGCAUAUGACUCUAUAAAGCAUACCAAAGUCAUUUUUGUCCGAGAAGAAAAUUCAGGUUUCUGACUUGAGUGCAAACUAAAUGCACGAGAAGUGUGCACAUGCUUGUUUGGAACCGAGGGGUGUCCUGAAGGCUCCCCCUCCUCCCUCGGGAGUGUGGCUAUGCACACGAUCGUCCAGGAGGAGUUAGGUAAGCGUUUUUUUGUUUGUUUUUUUUGAUCGGUGUUUUGUUUUAAAGAGAUUUUUCAAACUUUUCUCAUCGAGGUUAAUUCUUUCUCUAGACUACGACUUCACGGUAAGAACGUCCCAGCCCACUUUCAAAGAGUUCACCGUGUUUUCUCCCACAAUUGUCAGCCCCCUCGGACAUGACUGUGCUUGACCUCGGCCUGCCCUUUCAGUGCCUAACUUUCUGAACACGAGGACUGAUGGGAAUCUAGGGAGGGCAUUUCCUUUAAAACUACUCAGUAUUUUAUGGGAUUGAUUGGAGUGCUAGCCAAUAAGAAGUCUGGUGUGAGGACCAGCAAGGGUUCUGAUUGGUCAGUUAGGUCCUUAAGCAAAAGAACAGCUGCUCUCUUCGCUCGCACAAACGGGCCGUGAGCUGUGACGUAUGUGAACUGUGGGGGGAGAAGAAAAAUAAUCCAACAUUUGUUUGUCUUUGAGGGUUUUGGUUUUUUUCCCUUUAUUAUCCAUGUACUGUCUGCAUGUCACUGUGUGUGUAUGUUUUUAUAAGAGUGUCAUUUUCUGUGCUGGCACUGUUGAGUACUGUAUUUGGGUCAGAACCUCAUAUCUUACCACCUAUGGCUUCAGUUCGAGUCUUCAGACAGCCUAAAAAAACAGCUUGCAUAGAAUUUGCUAUUUCUCUUCUAGUUCCCUGUUCCUAUUAGUGACCUUCAUGCCUUUUGUGCACUGUUACAUUUUUUAAUACCGUUUGUUUAUUUUGUAUAAACAUGUUUGCCUUAUGAGAACUGAAAUGUUGACACCCUGUCCGCCAUGUUGUCUCGGAGAAUGGAGCUUAACAGCGCUGGACUGGGCAUGUUGCAGUUCUCACGGAUACUCACUUCCAUGAACUGUUCGUGAGGAGGGCGAGAUGUGUGAGGGUGUGGGUUGGAUGCUCUGGGACGUGGGAUGCGCGUCCAGGCCAGGUCCACCAGGAGACACUUCUGCUAUUGUCCUCCUCCUCCGUACAAAGCACUUAGAUACCGAUGCCAUUACUGCUGCUGUUAACAGGUUCUGGGUCAUGGCAGGGAAACUGUCCGUGUCUGCAGGCUACCCUGAUAGAGAAAUGCCUAAAUAAACACUUGGUUUCAUUUCAA